AUGCAGGAAGACUACGAGCAGGUAGAAGCGGCCCUUGGCUCACGUUUGCUGGGUGCUAGCGAAUUCCGCACAAAGAACAAGCGCUUGAAUCAAGUGCUAAGCUUGCAGUAUCGAGUGCACUACCACGUUCAUCAGAAAGGCAUAAUUAAAGAGGCGGCUUGCAAAGUGCUGUUGGAAGAGUGCAACAGGUUCGAGCGGGACUCUAGCGAUGCCCUUGUGGAAAAAGUAUGGCUGAAUUUGGCGGGAAUCUUGAACUACCAUCUGUCGCACCCACAAACAGCUGACAAGUGCUUGGCCGAGUCUGCAAAAAUAUCGGCGGCACAAGGUGCGUUUGGAACCUUUCUGUCUGUUGAAAACUUGUACUACAGCGGGUUGCUACGUGGUGAUAAAUCAAGAGACUUUUACGUCAAACAUCUGCCAGAAGUUGUUACUUCACUCCCAAAAGAAUCUAAUGUGUUGACUUAUCAUUACCUGGACCGUAUUAUAUCACGUCUCUCCAUGAAUUGGAGCCAAGCAAUCUCUGCGUUUCCUCGCACCGUUAUCUCCUCCUUCAUUGCUAUCAUGUCAGAGCCUGAUGGCCAUGACCAGGAGCUGCUCGCACUGGGAAAGACGAUUUUAGCAUCUGCAAAGUUCCCCAAUGCUGAAGAGGCUAACAAUGCCUCGCUUGAGCAAUUCCACUUAGUUCUCCAGCAUUACUUAAGGAGCACCAAGUCCGAAUUAUCUCCCGAUUGGCAUUCUUUUGUGGUUGAGUCAAUGUCACGAACUUUCCAGAGUAUGAUAGUAACCAAAACUGCUAUGAUAUACUUCGGACGCGAAAACCAGCUUCGAGAGUCGAUUCUGAACUUCAACGUUUUCCUUAACUACAACAGAAGCUACAGAGAUCUCAAUAACGGCGAGUGGUUUGACGUGCUUGCCAUAAUCGACGCUUACGAACACAUCGUUUCAAGAUCUGAAGGUCGUGAUAUACCGAAGAUAUUUGCAUUGAAGGAUGUAAUGAAGAGGUUUGAAGGGCUCUUAUGCAGCUUCUAUGAGGACUCCGCGCUCCCCCUGGUGAAAGUUGAGCGGUCCAUCGAAUGGGCCUCAGAAGGCACGAGGGUUUUUGUGCCCGAAAGGGCUUCUAGUUUACUUGCCAGGUCGUGGAACGCAUUAUACGAAUAUAGUCGCGAAGAUUUGGACAAGUUGCUUAACGACAACCACACCUAUUAUCUGGCUAAUGCGCUUGCUGCUAGGCCAGAUAAUUCCAAGAUAGCCUUCAACUACGCAUUCACGUUGGCACAAAAGAGGGAGAUAACGCAUGCCGUAAAAUUCCUCAAGUCAAACAUUCUAGAAAGAGAGCCUGAAAACUACAAAGCCUGGCACCUGCUAGCGCUCUGUGAGUCUAUCAAAGAGGACAAAAACGUUUCAUUCAAAAUCGUUUGCUCAGUGCUUCAAGCGCUGGAAAACGCCGUCCAUGAAGAUCCCCAAGCGCCAGCCCGCGACAGGUGGCAGCUGAUCCAUUUGAAGCUAACCCAGUUGGCAAUCAUCCAGGAAAUGUUUGGAGUUAAUGAUGCGCUUGAACUUCUGCCAGAGCUAUUUGAACUGUUCAACUUUGCCUUCCCAGAAAACGGGAAAAACGGCGACUUGGGCUCUGCUUACAACAAAACCAAAGACUACCUCCAUCAGUCUGUAUGGCUGUUUGCUGUAAAGCUCUAUUUGACGCAGGGCCUAAUCGUAGACGCUCGUGAAGCCCUGGCGGAAUCACGUAAUGUAACCAAGAAUUUCCAAAAUUUGAACAAUGAUCUGGCCGAUGGAUAUCUCUCGUUGGACGUCGAUGGCAAAAAAGCCCUUCGUUCUUUCGAGAAAGUCCUAUUUUAUGAUGCUCUGAAUAUCGAUGCCAUCGUGGGCUUCGCUAAAUGCCUGGUUCCAACCAGCCAAGAAAAUUCCUCGCAUCAACUACAACCCCAAACGCCGUCGGCUGCUGGUCUCGACGCCUUCACUGGCGAAAAAGAUAGAUCAGCUGCAUACGCCAGACUGAAAAUGGUACUCGAAGAAGUAGUCGAAAGAUCAAUCGAGGGCUGCCAUGCCCCUGAAGUGUGGUGGUAUCUGUCACGCGUCUACGAAAAUUACGACGACACAGAAAGAUUAGAAACGUCCCUGUGGAACUGCGUCAAAUAUCAAGAACUACAGCCUAUCCGCGACUUCAAGAACUGCAAUUUUUAG